AUGACUUAUACCUCGUUAAAAGUCAAGGAGCUGGCAAAUGGCAAGUGGUUACUGGACGAGGUCUGUAGACGGCAGGAGGUACUUCCAGAAAUUGAGUACUUUGGCUUACGGUAUAUUUCGUGCGAACUGCUCUCUGCACCCACGAAGCAUUGGUUAAAACUUACCAAACCCAUUCGUACUCAGCUCAAACAUACGCAUCCACGCUUGGUGUCUUUUCGGAUUAAACACUACCCACCAGAUCCUUUCAAUGACCUGAAGCUAGACAAAUCCAAGUACGUUCGAAUUGACCGUAAACUACAUCAGACAGUCAGUUGUAUUGCCGCCUGCCACGAACGGCGAUAUCCCGAGGCGAAUGAGAGGGCCAGCCGAGGCAAAGAGGGCCCGACCGUUUAUCAGCGGUCUCGGCCGCGUUGUGUGUAUGGCUUCCUAAACUACAUUUUCCUUUGCAGAUACCUAUUAUUUCAUCAACUUCACCGCGAUUUUCUCGGUGGUCGCCUUAUCGCUCCACAUGACGACCUUAUUCGACUUGCCGCUCUUUUCUUACAAGUUACUUUGGGAGACGCCUCGGUGAUAGAAGCGUCUUUUGCCGCCUCGCAAUCCUCGUUCUCGAGUGGGGAGGCCUCUACGUACCUUUCCAACUAUCGAGCCCUCCACGGCGGGUCAUCAAGAAAAACUGAAAUUGAAAUUGUUGAUGAGCACAGGAAACUUGAAGGUCUGUUACCCAGUGAAGCUGCAGCUGAGGUGAUUCGAGCUGCCCUGCGGCAGCCUUCCUACGGACUCGAACCUUUCAGAGUGCUUGCGAAGCACAAGAAAUCCCGUCCUAUGCACGUCGGACUUACACAUGAAGGAGUCGCAGAGUUUAUUGGGAGCAAACGCGUACAACUGUACAAGUGGUAUGUUCAUACAUUGCUUGACUGA